UCUUUCUGAUUCUGUAGUGGUUGACUCCAAUUAGUAUAUGAACUACAUAUCCCAGGAUGCCUCAGGCAGUCAACUGAGAGGCCAACGGCGUUUUCAGUGGUCUGGGAAAUGGAGUCCAAACUACCUUGAAUCUUAAUAACCUAGUUUAUCCUUGAGACUCUAUUCCCCAGCAAGCUCAGCGUGUAGCGUGCGUUAUGGAGCCGCAAGCCGCCGAACUGAAGUUGAAGAUUGAGGACACGUUGUGCCCUUUUGGCUUUGAGGUUUAUCCCUUCCAGGUGGCAUGGUACAACACACUCCUGCCUCCAGCCUUCCACCUACCCCUGCCAGGAUCAACGCUGGCCUUCCUCGUCCUCAGCACACCAGCUAUGUUUGACCAAGCCCUCAAACCAUUCCUGAAGAGCUCUCACCUCAGAGAACUGACUGACCCUGUGGACCAGUGUGUGGCUUACCACCUGAACCGUGUUAAGCAGAGCCUCCCAGAGCUACAGGUGGAAAUCAUUGCUGACUAUGAGGUUCACCCCAACCGGCGCCCCAAGAUUCUGGCCCAGACAGCAGCCCAUGUGGCAGGGGCUGCUUACUACUACCAACGACAGGAUGUGGAAGCUGACCCCUGGGGAACCCAGGUCAGAUGGCAGCACAUAGCAGGUGUGUGUAUACACCCUCAGUUUGGGGGCUGGUUUGCCAUCCGAGGAGUUGUGCUGCUGCCAGGAAUAGAAGUGCCGGAUCUACCACCCACAAAGCCCCUUGAUUGUGUACCUAAAAGAGCUGACCGAAUUACCCUGCUUGAAGGUUUCAACUUCCACUGGCGUGACUGGACUUACCGGGAUGUGGUGACACCCCAGGAGCGCUACUCUGAAGAACAGAAAGCCUACUUUUCCACUCCACCAGCCCAACGUUUGGCCUUGUUGGGCUUGGCCCAGAAGUCUGAGCCUUGCUCUGCUCCCCUGGAGUUUCCAUUCACAGCACUCACACCCAAGAAUUCCAAUAGAGCCUGGGGCUGGCUGAACUCUGAUGUUUCACCACUUAAAUCCGCUAGUCCUUGAUGGCCUACCUACCUUGGUGAUCCUUAUUUAUUUAUAAACAGUGGUACGCUAGGCCUUGAUUUUGGCAAGGAAAGAGAACUGAGUAAAAGAUGACUAUUUUUU